GGCUCUCUCCUAAAACUUUAAAAAUUUGACUCCACCAACCUUUAUACUCUCAAAUCUCUUAGCAUGCUGAGAGAGUAGAGCACAAUAAUGGAAAAUUUGGAUGAACCCAGAUCACUUCUGGAAGGUGGUCUUCUGCAGUGUGAAGACUCUCUUCACACAGGAGAUGGGUCAGUAAACAUCAAGGGAGAGCUUGCUGUCAAGAGGGAAACUGGGACGUGGAAAGCAUGCCCCUUUAUUCUAGGUACUUUCUUUUGUGAGCGUUUGGCAUAUUAUGGGAUUGCCAGUAAUCUUGUCAUUCAUCUCACCACAAAACUACAUGAAGGACUUGUUUCUGCAGCAAGAAAUGUUACCACUUUUCAGGGAACAUGCUAUCUGACACCUCUCGUUGGAUCUUUCUUUGCUGAUGCUUACUGGGGAAGAUAUUGGACAAUUGUUGUGUUCUUCGGAAUCUAUCUCAUUGGAAUCUGCAUAUUGACCCUUUCAGCAACCAUUCCUUCAUUGGAGCCAAAGGAAUGUGUCAAUUCUGUCUGCCCAUCAGCAACUUUAGCUCAAAAUACUGUAUUCUUCCUUGGACUCUAUUUGAUUGCACUAGGGACUGGUGGGAUCAAGCCAUGUAUUUGGCCCAUUGGAGCUGAUCAGUUUGAUGAUACUGAUCAUAGGGAAAGAGCAAGUAAGGGAUCCUUCUUUAAUUGGAAUUACUUCACCAGUAACAUUGGUGCACUUAUAGCAACCACUGUAUUGGUAUGGACUGAAGAAAAUGUUGGAUGGGGCCUAGGAUAUGGCAUUGCUUCCGCGUUCAUUGGUAUUGGAAUCAUUGUUUUCUUUCUGGGUACACCUAUCUAUAGACUUCAAAGGCCAGGGGGAAGUCCUCUUACAAGAAUUUGCCAGGUGGUUGCAGCAGCUUUACAUAACUGGAAAUUGGAAGUUCCCCAAGACAGUUAUCUGCUCUAUGAAAAAGCAGUGACCGAUUCCUCCAUCGAAGCAAGUGUUAAACUAGAGCAUAGCGAUGGAUUGAGGUUCCUUGAUAAAGCUGCAGUGAUAUUAGAUGCUGAAAAAGAGAGUGCUGAAGUAACUAAUCCAUGGAGGCUUUGCACAGUAACACAGGUGGAAGAGUUGAAGAUUUUGAUCCGCAUGUUUCCAAUCUGGGCAACAGGAAUCAUCUUCUGUGCUGUUUAUGCUCAAAUGUCUUCAUUGUUUGUUGCACAAGGGAAGAUGAUGGACACAACUAUUGGUUCUUUCACGAUUCCUGCAGCCUCUCUUUCAACUAUUGACAUCGUUGGUGUGAUUAUUUGGGUUGUCAUUUAUGAUAGAGGGAUUGUUCCAAUUGCAAGGAAAUUCACUGGCAAGGAGAGGGGCUUCUCACAAUUGCAAAGGAUGGGAAUUGGCCUGUUUCUAUCCGUUAUUUGCAUGUCAGCUGCUGCUUUAUUAGAGAGUAAGAGAUUACAAAUGGCAAAAGAGCUUGGAUUGGUUGAUGAAGAUGUCCCUGUACCACUAAGUAUAUUGUGGCAGAUACCUCAAUAUUUCUUGCUUGGUGCUGCAGAGGUAUUCACAUUUGUUGGACAACAUGAGUUUUUCUAUGAGCAAGCACCAAAUUCCAUGCGUAGUUUCUGCAGUGCAUUGGCACUUCUAACAAAUUCACUGGGGAAUUACCUGAGCUCUUUGAUUCUCAUGAUUGUUGAUAGCCUUACAACCGAGGAUGGAAAUUCUGGAUGGAUAACAGAUAAUUUGAACAAGGGCCACCUUGACUACUUUUUCUGGCUUCUAGCUGGACUCAGUUUCUUAAAUAUGUUGGUGUACAUUGUCUAUGCUAGACGGUACAAGCAGAAGAAGGCUUAUUAUAGGAGUUUUCCUCAAAUGCAUGGUUCUUAACUGCAAGUAGAUUUCUUAAUUGAUUUUUCUUUCUCCCAAGUGUAGAGUCUAUUCAAACCAAAAAAAUUUCUUUUUUUAGUGUUUUAAACCAUAAUGUUUGUAAAAAGAUUACAAAACCUUUACUUUUGUUUCAAGAAACAACCAAUAGGAACCGCACCUCCAUCAUCAACCCUCAACCACCAUCAGAGAAGACUCCAAGGCAAUACCCUUAACCUGUCCAUACAACUUGGACAGUACAGAUGGAUUCCAGAUAACUUGAACAUGGGUCAGCUUGAUUACUUUUUCUUGCUUUUAGCUGGACUUAUCUUCUCAAAUAUGUUCCACAUGGUUGCUGCCAAAAGGUACAAGCAGAAAAAGGCUUCUCAAGAUUUUUCAGGCAUUUAUUAGGGAUGGAAGCAUGAUAUUAUAUUUCCUUUUGUUAUUCACGUGAUUGUUCUCCAUGUAAAAUGGGAUUGAUAAUUUUAUACCCGUAUAAAUUACAUUUUUUA